AUCAUCGCUAUUCAUUCGGUCGGAUCGAAUCGUUGGCUAUUCGUUUAUUUCACCGGUUUAUCGGUUAAUUGCUGAUCCUAAUUCCUAACUAGGCUUAUUUUUGAAACGGGAUUUAGAAACUGUACCCAUAGUAGCGAUUAGUGUCCCAAAUUUAAUCCAGUGCAAUGGUUAAAGGAAAAAAGCCUACAAAGAAAGAGGAGGUCGAGGCUGAGAGUGUUACAAAUGACAACACAGAAAACACCAGCCAAGAGAAUGGAGUAGACGAUCCAUCCGCUAAGAAGAAGGCUAUCAAGACUACCGGCAAAUCCAAAGAAAAGAAACCCGAGGAGAACCCUUCAGAAGAAGAAAAAGAAGAGGAGGUGGUUGAAAAUGGGGAGGAAAGCUCAGAGAAGAAAAAGGCUCCUGUCAAACCAAAAAAGGCCGCCAAAAAAGAACCUAAACCUCAAGCAGAGCCAGCCCGCAAGUCUUCCAGAACGCCAAAGCCGGUUACAAAAGAUGGAGACAGUGAAGCCUCUUAUGAGGUAGAAAAAAUAAUUGAUUGCCGAACAAUACAAGGCAAGAGAGAAUACCUCGUGCGUUGGAAGGGGUAUUCUAGAGGGGACGACACAUGGGAGGAGGAAUCGGACCUUAAUUGUAACGACUUGUUACAGAAAUUCAGGUCAGAGAAACCUCAGACGAAGAAGCGACCCUCAAAGUCACCGGUGAAGGCCACCGCACCUAAAAAGACAAAGAAGGUUGAAAAAGAUUACGAGGUAGAAGAAAUAGUCGGCCUGAGAAUGAAAAAGGGCAAAAAAGAAUUCAAAAUCCGUUGGAAGGGAUACAAGGAAAGCGAUGACAGUUGGGAGCCAGAAAACCAUCUUUCCUGUCAAGAUCUGAUCAACAAGUACCUAGAAGAGCAUGGAAGUGAGACGCAGCCUGAAGAGAAGAAAACGCCCAGCAAAAAGACUGCCACAAAGAAAACUGCAAAGAAGAAGACACCUGCCAAGUCAGCAAAAGGCAGGAAAUCCAGGAAAUAAAUUAAGAUUCAAGAUGAGCUGCUCCUGAGGUUUCUUGGGUGUUUUAUUUACGAACAUUACCAAACCAACAUUUGUAUUUUAAGUAGUCAUAAUGUGUGUGCGUGAUUGUUAAGAAGCUGAUUGAACUGAUACUAAAGACAGUUGAGUGAUUCCAAAUUUUAAGAAGUUACUAGUACUUAAAUUAUUUUUUGUUUUAUAUUCUGAGUUUUAUAAGUAUGAGUAACGUGGUAGAGUAAGUUAAUAUUUUUACCAGAACAGUAAUUCUCUGAUCAUCCGUUUUCUUUGAACUGAUUUUUGAAUUGUAAAAAAUAUAUCCUUACUGAUUUUUUUUUGUGGUUCCUUCAAAUAACAAGAGCUGUACUUUAAUUUUGAGAACUACGUCCAGCAGUCUGUUAAAUAUAAUGCAAAAAAAAGUUGAACUCAUAAUCUAAGACAAGAUGAACACAGGGCUUGGAGAAGUUAUGACUUUGCUUUGUCUCUGCAAUCGGACCACUGAAAUAAUUAAUUCAUUGUUGCAAAAAUAGCACAAAGCAAGCUCCAGUGUGUUUCAAAUCCCCUGUUUUGUGUUUUAAAUACUCCUUGUUUUGCCAUACUUUUGGAUGAUUUGAGUGUUACUGUUUACUUUUGUAUUUGUUUAAAUAAGUACAAACUACAUACACUAUAUGUAGGGUAGUGUAAUAAAUUGUGUUUUUAUUCAUGGCUAAA